GCUGGACACAAGCCCUGCAUCAUCAACUGAUUCACUAGGGCCAUGUCAGUGGCAGCGUCUGUGACAGACUCUGCCUCUAUACUGCCUUCUCUGUGGAAAAGGCAAGUGGCUAUGUCUGAGGCUAUCAGAGCGCUUCAAACUUGGGCUCCUCACACGAAGGACUUGAGGCUGGCCCCGGUGCCAGGACUUUCAUGUGCCAGGUUGGGGAUCCUGUUGUUCUUGGUACUGAUUUCUCUGCCAAGCCUGUACUGUGACCUGGGCUCACUACAUCACUCUUCCUAUGAAAUAGUCAUUCCCAAGAGUCUGACAGUGGAAGGAAGGGAAGACCAAGUGGAAAAGCUCUCGUACGUGCUAUUUAUGCAGGGCCAGAGGCAGCUGAUUCACCUGACGGUGAAGAGAGACUAUUUUGUGGAUAACUUCCCGGUCUUCAGCUACCACAAUGGCAUCCUGGGGCAAGAAAUGCCUCCCGUCUCGCAGGACUGUCACUAUGAAGGCUACAUAGAAGGAGUCCCAGGUUCUUUUGUUUCUGUCAACACCUGUUCAGGCCUCAGGGGCCUCCUGAUUAAGGAGGAAAAAUCCUAUGGCGUUGAGCCCGUGCACUCUUCCAAACGGUUUGAACACGUGUUGUACGCCAUGGCCCACGAAGCUCGCGUCUCCUGUGGCGUCACGUCCAAAGACAGCCAAGUGGCGUCCACCAGCCGGCGACCGGAGAGCGGCAAGCCUCACAGCUGGCAGGUGCCAUCCGACUUGUGGUCACAUAUCAAGUACGUGGAGAUGUUUGUCGUGGUCAACAACCAGCGGUUCCAAAUGUGGGGCAGUGACGUCAAGCAGACAGUCCAGAGAGUAAUGGACAUCAUCGCUCUGGCCAACAGCUUCACAAGGGGAAUAAACACAGAGGUGGUGCUGGCUGGAAUGGAGAUUUGGACUGAGGGGGACCUCACAGAGGUCCCCGUGGACCUGCAAGUUGCACUCAGGAAUUUCAACAGCUGGAGACAAGAGAACCUCUUCCAUCGUGUCAAGCAUGAUGUUGCCCACAUGAUCGUGGGACAGCAUCCUAAAGAGGAUACGGGGCAGGCAUUUCUCAGUGGUGCCUGCUCCAGUGAUUUUGCAGCAGCCGUGGAAUCUUUCCACCACGAGGAUGUCCUCCUGUUUGCAGCACUCAUGGUCCACGAGCUUGGACACAACUUGGGUAUUCGGCACGACCAUUCGGCCUGCAUUUGUGAAGACAGGCCCUUCUGCCUCAUGCAUGAAAACAUCACUAAAGAAAGUGGCUUCAGCAACUGCAGCUCUGACUUCUUCCACCAGUUCCUCUGGGAACACAAGGGGGCCUGCCUGUUUAACAAGCCUGGGCACAAAGGCCGCUUACGGAGGGCUUCCCGCUGUGGCGACGGCAUUGUAGAAGGACCUGAGCAGUGUGACUGUGGGUCUAAGUGUGAAAUGCACCCAUGCUGCGACACCAGAUGUAUGCUGAGAGAGCAUGCAGAAUGUAGUGAUGGACUCUGCUGUGAUAAAUGUCGCCUGAGAUUCAAGGGAUUCAUGUGCCGUGCUGCUUUGGGAGAGUGUGACCUCCCAGAGUAUUGUAAUGGUUCCUCGGGAGAAUGUCCCAGAGACAGCUAUAAGCUAGAUGGCACAAUGUGUGAUAGAAUUCACUACUGUGCUGGAGGUCGGUGUAAGAACCCUGACAAUCAAUGCAUGGAUAUCUACGGGUCCCCUGCAAGGUCCGCCCCAGAAAUCUGUUACGUUUCAAUGAACACAAGAGGGGACCGGUUUGGAAACUGUGGUACCACCAGCUCACCGAGGUUAACAUAUCUGAAGUGUGCAGGUGAUAACAUAUUUUGUGGGAAACUUAUAUGUACAAAUGUAAGAGAGGUGCCACAAAUCAAACCCAAUCAUACACUGAUCCAGGUCACUCACAACGAUGACUGGUGCUGGAGCAUGGAUGCCUAUGACACUGCUGAUAUCCCUGAUGAUGGAGAUGCACACACUGGCACUCUCUGUGCCCCACACAAAGUCUGCAUGAAUCACUUGUGUACUGAUCACACCUCACUUGGGUAUAGCUGUGAAACAACAAAAUUGUGUAACGGGAAAGGAGUUUGCAACAAUUUUAGGCACUGCCAUUGUGAGGAAGGCUAUGCGCCCCCUGACUGCAAAGAUCCAGGAGACGGUGGUAGUGUGGACAGUGGUCCUCCUAGCACAUCAAUUCAACUUUCAAGUGAAGGUCAAAGUGAAACUUCUAAGACUCGUAGCUUUCAGAUUGAAUACUUGGGCAACAUUGUUUUCAUAUUACCAUUGUUACUUUUAAUAUUUUUGGUAAUUGUAUUACUUGUUAGCAUCAAGACUGGAGUUGAGACAAUAGAGUCCCCACCGCAUACCUCAGAGGUGGAUUCAGAGGAAAGCAGUAGUGAGGUAUUCAUAAUGGAGCUCCUCCCCGUGGGGAUAUUAGAGGAGGCAGAGGAGGGUCUCCUACCAGAGCAGGGACCUCCACCAGAGGUACCCCCCCCCCAGGGGGCACCCCCCCACCAGAGGCACCUCCACCAGCAGGACCUCCACCGGCGGCGCCCCCCACCGGAGGCCCCCACCACCAGGACAGCCAGCAUCAUAAGAGGCAGCAGGUGA